AUGGAGAACAGAAGUUCUGGGCUGACCAAGGGGAAUGUCUGGGGGCUUGGGGCUGAGCUGGGACCUGGGGGUGGGGAAGAUCUGUGUCCCAGCCUCUGUUUCCUUCCAGGGACCCUCCCCAGACCCACUGUCUGGGCUGCGCCAGGCUCUGUGAUGCCCUGGGGGACAUCUGUGACCAUCUGGUGUCAGGGGAGCCUGGAGGCCCAGGAGUACCGCCUGCAUAAAGAGGGGAAGUUAGAAACCUGGGACAGACAGAAGCCACUGGAAUCCAAAGACAAGGUCAAAUUCCCCAUCACACACAUGGCAGACAUAUAUGCAGGAAGAUACCGCUGUGACUAUCUCAGUCCCACUGGCUGGUCAGAGCCCAGUGACCCCCUGGAGCUGGUGGUGAUGACAGGAUCCCAGGGCAAACCCAGCCUCUCAGCCCUGCCCAGCCCUGUCGUGACCUCAGGAGGGAACGUGACCCUCCAGUGUGCCUCACGGAUGGGAUUCCACAGGUUUGUCCUGAUGAAGGAAGGAGAAGGUCAGCCCUCCUGGACCCUGGUCUCCAGGCCAGUCCCCCAUGGGGGAACCCAGGCCCUGUUCCCUGUUGGCCCCGUGACCCCCAGCCUCAGGUGGACAUUCCGAUGCUACGGCUAUUACAGCAACACCCCCCAGGUGUGGUCGGGCCCCAGUGACACCCUGGAGCUGCUGGUCUCAGGUGUGUCAGGGAAGCCCUUCCUCCUGACCCAACAGGACACUGUCAUGACCUCUGGACAGAGGCUGACCCUCCAGUGUCACUCUGAUGUCGGCUACGAAAGAUUCGCUUUGUCCAAGGAGGGGGCACCUGACCUUCCACGGCGGCUUGGCCGGCAGACCCAGCCUGGGCUCUCCGGGGCAAACUUCUACCUGGGCCUGGUGAGACCCUCCCACGGGGGCCGGUACACGUGCUACGGUGGACACACCCUCUCCUCCGAGUGGUCGGCCCCUAGUGACCCCCUGGACAUCCUGCUCGCAGGACAACUGCCCUACACACCCUCCCUCUCGGUGCAGCCGGGACCCACGGUGGCCCCAGGAGAGAAUGUGACCCUGCUGUGUCAGUCACGGAGCCCUGUGGACACUUUCCUUCUGUCCAAGGAGGGGGCAGCCGAUCCCCCCCUGCGUCUUAGAUCACAGUACCGAGCUGGGCAGCACCGGGCUGAAUUCCCCAUGAGUCCUGUGACCUCAGCCCACGGGGGGACCUACAGGUGCUACGGCUCCGCCAGCACCUCCCCCUACCUGUUGUCACAGCCCAGUGACCCCCUGGAGCUCCUGGUCUCAGGUGAGAGUCGCUGA